CCGGCUGGGCGGCUUAAAGGGCUGGGUUGCCUGACUGUGCGGUCAGAGCCGAGGUUGCGGUUCAGGCAGAUCUGGAUCGAGGGCGGGAGGCCGAGACCCGCAGGGAUGCUGCCCAUCACAGAGCAACUGCUGCACCUCCUGGGGUUGGAGAAGACGGCGUUCCGUUUGUAUGCUGUGUCCGGGCUCCUUCUCACCCUGCUCUUCUUCCUCUUCCGUCUGCUGCUGCAGUUCCUGAGGCUCUGCUGGGGUUUCUAUAUCACCUGCCGCCGACUACGCUGCUUUCCCCAGCCACCCCGGCGCAACUGGCUGCUGGGCCACCUGGGCAUGUAUCUCCCAAAUGAGAGAGGCCUCCAAGAUGAGAAGAAGGUGCUGGACGACAUGCACCAUGUGAUCCUCGUGUGGCUAGGGCCCGUCCUGCCACUGGUGGUUCUGGUGCACCCUGACUACAUCAAGCCCCUGGUGGGCGCCUCAGCUGCCAUUGCCCCCAAGGAUGACCUUUUCUAUGGCUUCCUGAAACCUUGGCUGGGAGAUGGGCUGCUGCUCAGCAGAGGUGACAAGUGGACCCGGCACCGCCGCCUGCUGACGCCUGCCUUCCACUUCGACAUCCUGAAGCCCUACAUGAAGAUCUUCAACCAGUGCACUGAUACCAUGCAUGCUAAAUGGCGGGGCCUGGCAGAGGGCUCAGAGGUCUCCCUUGACAUGUUUGAGCAUGUCAGCCUCAUGACCCUGGACUGUCUUCAGAAAUGUGUCUUCAGCUACAACAGCAACUGCCAGGAGAAGAUGAGCGAUUACAUCUCGGCCAUCAUUGAACUCAGUGCCCUGGUGGUCCGGCGCCAGUAUCGCCUGCAUCACUACCUCGAUUUCAUCUACUACCGCACAGCUGAUGGAAGGCGCUUCCGGCAGGCCUGCGACACCGUGCAUGGUUUCACCACAGAGGUCAUCCAGGAGCGGCGGCGGGCGCUACGCCAACAGGGGGCUGAGGCCUGGUUUAAGGCCAAGCAGGGCAAGACCUUGGACUUCAUUGAUGUGCUGCUCCUGGCCAAGGAUGAAGAUGGAAAGGAACUCUCAGACGAGGACAUCCGAGCUGAGGCAGACACCUUCAUGUUUGAGGGUCAUGACACAACUUCCAGUGGGCUGUCAUGGGUACUGUUCAACUUGGCCAAGUAUCCAGAGUACCAGGAGAAGUGCCGAGAAGAGAUCCAGGAAGUCAUGAAAGGCCGGGAGCUGGAGGAACUGGAGUGGGACGACCUGACCCAACUGCCCUUCACCACCAUGUGCAUCAAGGAGAGCCUCCGCCAGUUUCCACCUGUGACCCUGGUCUCCCGCCGCUGCACGGAGGACAUCAAGCUCCCAGACGGACGCAUCAUCCCCAAAGGAAUCAUCUGCCUGGUUAGCAUCUAUGGGACCCACUAUAACCCUGCAGUGUGGCCUGACUCCAAGGUGUACAACCCCUAUCGGUUUGAUCCGGACAACCCACAGCAGCGCUCCCCAUUGGCUUACGUGCCCUUUUCUGCAGGACCCAGGAACUGCAUCGGACAGAGCUUCGCCAUGGCUGAGAUGCGCGUGGCUGUGGCGCUGACGCUACUGCGCUUCCGCCUGAGCGUGGACCGAACGCGCAAGGUGCGGCGGAAGCCCGAGCUCAUUCUGCGCACGGAGAACGGCAUCUGGCUCAAGGUGGAGCCGCUGCCUCCGCGGGCCUGAAGGUCGGCGCGCCCCUGAAGGUCGGCGCUCCUGCGGAUCCCGGGAGCCCAAGCCCCGCCCUGAGAGGCCUAGGUUCCGCCCCUGAGGGCCCAGGCCCCGCCCCCAAGAGCCUGAGGGCAUAGACCACGCCCCCUGGAAGGCUCAGCUCCUGGAGGACCGGACUCCCCCAUUAAGUAGCCUGAUGCUGCAGGUCACACCCACUCAAGGCAAGGCUCCGCAUCUGGACGGUCUGAUCCCGCCCCUCGAGGUCGCGAACCCGCCCCGCUAAGUGCCAGUUUCUGCCCUCUUAUUUGAGGGACCAGGAUUGGCCACGUUCCCUUGGGCUCAGGCCCCGCCCCAGCAUCUCUCGGAGGACCAAGGAUUGAUACCUUAGGCCUCUAGGCUACAAGCCCAGUCUAUCUCAGAUCUCGGCUGGGUUUUAAAAUGAAGACUUGAAAACUGGAGCCUGAGAUCAGAACCCUGAACAUCACCUUCCUGAAGCCCCCAGCUCACAUGGAUGAACUCCCGAGGCUGCAUCCCAGGGCCCAGGAUGUUUGCUGUUGACUUGUAAGCCCAGACUCUCCCUCUCAAGCCCCUUCCUUCUUCCCUUGCUCAUAACCCCUUUGGCGAGUGUCCUGAAUUUUGUAGAAUAUAAGCAAAACAUGCAGACAGCUCCUAUCACCCACUCCCUAGCCAGAUCAGAUCCUCACACCUGGAUUCCAGCAAGGAAAUGAGGGGUCCUGGACAGCUGGGAAGUUGUGGGCUAGGAGGCUGGGAAGCCGUUUGUCUUUGGACAUAAACUUGGGCUUUUUGGGACA